GCGGGGCCCGGGCGGAGCGGCGGCGGGCAGCCGCGGGCAGCCGCCUUCUGCCUUCUAGGUGGGCGCCGCGAUGUCGCUCUCGCUGAAGAUGCUGCCCUGCAAGAAGAGGAGAGCGGCGGUGGCGGGGCCGCAGAGCCCACGGGAGCGUGGCGGUGCCGGGGAGGACGGGGAGCUGCCCGGAACCGGCGGCUCCACCUCCGCCGCCGAUGGCGGCUCCUGCGCCAGGCCUGCGCCGGCGGCCCGAGCCGGUGCGUCGCCCUCCGGCCCGGGCGUGUGGAGGGGGCCCGGGGAGUCCGCGCUGAAGGGCGGGAAGAGGCCCCCGGCCAGGGCGGCCCCGGGCCCCGCUGAGGAGGCACCGGCCGCGAAGGAGGCCUGCGCUGCCGCUCCGCUGCCCGAGGGGUGUCCCGAGGCGCCAGGGGAAGGGAAAAUGCCUCAGCUGUGUACAGAGGUUGAAGGGAAUUCACAGAGAGAUGCACAUCUGGCUGAAACCCAGCCUGCAGUGCAGGAGUCUCCAGGGAGAAGCUCUUCACAGCUGGCUGGUAGAAACCCUCCUGUGAUGAAGCUGGUGAAGAACACUAGAGCUGAGGAGCAAGGUGGAGAAGACACUGAGAGAAGGAAGAGGAGGAGGAAGGCAACCAAACGGAAAAGAGAAGGGAAAAGUCAAGAAGAGGAAGGGUCUUUGUCUUGUGGCAUCAAGCUGGAUGAUACCCUUGAUCGCACCUUAGAAGAUGGAGCCAAACAACACAACCUGACGGUUGUGAAUGUGCGGAACAUCCUGCACGAAGUCAUCACAAAUGAGCAUGUGGUUGCCAUGAUGAAAGCAGCCAUCAGUGAGACAGAAGAUAUACCUUUGUUUGAGCCCAAAAUGACUCGUUCCAAACUGAAGGAAGUUGUGGAGAAAGGAGUGGUGAUUCCAACAUGGAAUAUUUCUCCAAUUAAGAAGGCAAAUGAGGUGAAACCACCUCAGUUUGUGGACAUUCCUCUUGAGGAAGAUGAUUCAUCUGAUGAGGAAUACCAGCCUGAGGAUGAGGAUGAGGAUGAGACUGCAGAAGAGAGCCUGCUGGAAAGUGAUGUGGAGAGCACUGCUUCCUCUCCUCGGGGAGCCAAGCGAUCGAGGACGAGAAGAUCAUCAGAUGAAGAGGGAGGGACACUCUGCGAGAUGGAGGGGGCUGCUACACAUGUUGGCAGACAUAUUAGUGCUGAAGUAGUUCCAAUGGGACCUCCACCACCUCCUAAACCAAAGCAAACCAGAGACAGCACCUUCAUGGAGAAGCUGCAUGCAGUGGAUGAAGAGUUGGCUUCAAGCCCAGUGUGCAUGGACUCUUACCAGGCUCUGGAAGACAGUCUGAUCGCCUUCCGCACACGCUCCAAGCGGCCACUGAAGGACGUUCCCCUGGGGCAGCUGGAGGCCGAGCUCCGUGCCCCCGACAUCACACCCGACAUGUACGACCCCAACACUGCGGAUGAUGAGGAGUGGAAGAGGUGGCUUGGAGGGCUCAUGAAUGAUGAUGUGGAGAAUGAAGAUGAAGCAGAUGAUGAUGAUGACCCUGAGUACAACUUCCUGGAAGAUCUGGAUGAACCAGAUACAGAAGACUUCAGAAAUGAUCGUGCUGUGAGAAUUACCAAAAAGGAAGUGAAUGAACUGAUGGAGGAGCUGUUUGAGACAUUUCAGGAUGAAAUGGGUUUCUCCAACAUGGAAGAUGAAGGUCCAGAAGAUGAAGAUAAUGUUACGGAGUCACGUCCAAAUUUUAAUACUCCACAGGCGCUUAGAUUUGAGGAGCCUCUGGCCAAUUUACUGAAUGAACAGCACCGGGCAGUGAAGGAACAACUUGAGCAGUUGAGAAUGAAAAAGUCCUCAAUCAAGCCACAACAAGAGACAGAAAAAUCAAAACCUCAGAAUGAGAAGCCUCUCCAGACCCUUGUUUUGGACAGUGUGCAGAGAAAGAGGCUCCAGCAGCAAAUGCAGCAGCAUGUUCAGCUUCUGACCCAAAUCCAUCUUCUUGCAAGUUCCAACCCUGCUCUAAGUUCAGAGGCCAGUACUACCAGGAUGUUUUUGAGUGAGCUUGGGAACUUCGCUCGCAGCUCUACGCUCCUCCGUCAGUCCUUCAACCCUAAGUUUCAAACUAUGUUCCAGCCCUGUAAUUUGAAGGGAGCCCUGAAACUCAUAGAGGAUUUUCAUGCCCAAGUCCAGGUUGACUGGAGCCCUCGCAAAGCUGCAAAGAAGAGUGCCAAUGAAUUUCCAUGUUUGCCAAAGCAAGUGGCAUGGAUUUUGGCAACAAGGAGAGUCUUUAUGUAUCCAGAGUUACUGCCAAUAUGUUCCUUGAAAGCAAACCCUCCCCGGGACAAGAUUAUCUUCACCAAAGCAGAGGACAAUUUAUUAGCUCUAGGUUUGAAACAUUUUGAAGGGACUGAGUUUCCAAAGCCUUUGAUUAGCAAGUAUCUCUUACCAACAAAAACUGCCCAUCAGCUGACGGUGCGAAUCAAGAACCUCAAUAUGAACAGAGCCCCUGAUAACAUCAUCAAGUACUACAAAAAGACAAAGCAGCUGCCUGUUCUGUUCAAGUGCUGUGAGGAAAUCCAGCCUGAUGAGUGGAAACCACCUGUGGAGAGAGAAGAACAUCGCCUGCCAUUUUGGCUAAAGGCAAGUUUGCCCUCCAUUCAGGAGGAGCUGAAGCAAUUAGCAGAAGAUACCAGGGAGAUGCCAGCUUCACCUGAUGCAGAAUCUGUCUUUUUGGCAACAGGAAAGGAAACUUCAGAUGCAGACUAUGAUGAAAAAUACCCUCUGCUCAUUCCAAAGGGACUAGUACUGACCUUAAAGCCCCUUGCCAAUCAGUACUGUAGGAGAGCCUGGAGGAGGCAGAGGUCUUCAGCUCUGAAACCUGUCCUCAUUCAACUGAGUCCUUGUCUACAGCCCAGUUCCAACACUAUUAACAUUCAGAAAACAGUGAAGCUGGCCCAGUCAGAAGCUCCUCCCAGCAAAGUGAAGGUGCCGAUUCCCCGGCUGAUCCAGCCAGCUGCAGCUGUGCAGACAGUUCCAGGAGUGCAGCCUUUGAAUGUCCCAGCAGUGGUAGGAAGUGGGGAUGGUUUGGAAUUUCCCAGCGUUCUCCCCACAUCACAGUCAGACUCCAGACAAGCUUUCUCAGCUGCUGUUCCAUCAGCUCUAGUGUCCUCAAAUGCAGUCACUUUUCAGCCAGCUUCAGCUGGAGCAAAACCACGCAAACCUUGUGUUCGGAAGGGAUCCCAGAGGAAAAAAGGGACAAAAUCUGCCCUGCUGCUAAAGGCUCCACCUUUGAUUCAACCAUCUCCUGUCAUCCUUACUGUACCUGCCACCACAGUGAAGGUGGUUAAUAUAGGCAACGGUUGCAAUAUGAUCCAGCCCAUAAACACAACGGUUGGUAGAGGUGCUCAGGCUAUCCCAGUUACAACCUUAUUGGUAAAUCCAUCCACUUUCCCCUGCCCAUUAAAUCAGCCUCUAGUAACUUCUUCAAUCCCUUCGUUGAUUGUCUCUCCUAACCCUGUUGGUCUUUCUGCACCAUCAGUCAGUGAAAAUGAAGAACAGCUGAAUCUGGUUCCUUCCUGCACUGCUGGGAACAACCAGACUGCCCAUCCCACGGUGGAGCCCAAGGCUGAACCCCCAGAGUUGUACAUUUCAUGCUCUGCUGUCUCCCCCAAGAAGGACUGUGCUACAAAUCCUGCUACUUCAAAUAAUGGUAGUCAGGAAAAGGUAAAGAAGAGUGACUGCUGUAGCUGGACAGUGGUAGAAGGAGACAAGAACCCUCCAGAGCCAUUGGCUGUGGACCUUUUGCCUCAUUUAGAAGGUCCAGAUGAAAUGAUGAAAACUGAGCAUGAAGAUUCAAAUGAUGCUGUCAAGGAGGUAAAUCCAGUACAGAAGAGAGAUCUUUUAUGUGCUGAAGUGAAGGAGGAAUUUGUGCUGGAUCUUGGUCAGGAGCUGAACAUGGAGGCUGCAUGUUCAUGUUCAGAUGACCUGAAAGAUAUUAAAAAGGAGCAUACUUUGUGUGGUGGGAAGGGAGAAGAACAACAACGGGCCUUGCAGUCAUCUGCCCACGGUGAACAGCAGAUGGAUGCAGGUGGUGUUGCUGGACCACAAGUAAGGAGUGAGUCUCCAAAGAAUCUGUCUUACGCAGCAGAUGUUGAGACAGAAUUUAGCAGUCCACUAGGAAGACCAGAGGAUUCUUCCAGUAUAGAUGGUCAGUCUGUUGGGACACCAGCUGGCCCUGAAGCUGGAGGAGAGAGGGAAGGACAAGAAGAAGAGGAAGAAGAUGACUUUGAUGAUUUUACACAGGAUGAAGAUGAAGAAAUGUCAUCAGCCUCAGAAGAAUCUAUUCUUUCAGUGCCAGAACUUCAGGAGACAAUGGAAAAACUGACUUGGCUGGCAACAGAGAGACAUUUAAGUCAAGAAGGAGAUUCAGAAGAAGAGAAUUCCCAGGAAGAGAACUCUGAGCCUGAGGAAGAGGAGGAGGAGGAAGGGGAAGGAAUAGAGAGUUUAAAGAAAGAUGAUGAAAUAUGUGGAGAUGUCUCAGAGGAACCUAAAUCUGUCUUCACCUUGACAAAGACAGCCCCACAGGUGGAAGCCCACAGGACACCAGCAGGAGAAAACAUGAAAGCCCCUGGGAAAAGCAGGAGCUCCCACAGAACCAGAAAUAAGAGGGGACGGGCUCGUGCUAGCAAAGAUACAUCUAAGCUGCUCCUCCUGUAUGAUGAAGACAUCCUGGAGAGAGAUCCCCUGCGGGAGCAGAAGGACCUGGCAUUUGCACAAGCCUACCUCAGCAGGGUGAGGGAAGCCCUGCAGCACGUUCCUGGCAAGUAUGAAGACUUUCUUCGUGUUAUCUAUGAGUUUGAGAUGAGCACGGACAAGAGAACAGCUGUGGAUCUCUAUUCCACUCUACAGAAACUGUUGCAUGAGUGGCCACAGUUGCUCACAGAUUUUGCUGCCUUUCUUUUACCAGAACAAGCUUUGGAGUGUGGACUGUUUGAAGAGCAACAGGCAUUUGAGAAGAGCCGGAAGUUCCUCAGGCAGCUGGAGAUCUGCUUCGCUGAAAAUCCUGCCCACCAUCAAAAGAUCAUCAAAGUCCUGCAGAGCUGUGCAGACUGCCUCCCCCAAGAGAUUGCAGAGCUGAAGACCCAAAUGUGGCAACUGUUGAAAGGGCAUGACCACUUGCAGGAUGAGUUUUCAGUUUUCUUUGAUCACUUACGGCCCUCAGCCAGCCGGAUGGGAGACUUUGAGGAGAUCAACUGGACAGAAGAGAAGGAAUAUGAGUUCGAUGGGUUUGAAGAGGUGUCUUUGCCAGAUGUGGAAGAAGAGGAUGAACCACCCAAGAUACACUCGACCUCCAAAAACAAGAAACGGAAAGAGAUGGGAGGCCAGAACAAUGAAAAGGAGGUCGAGUGGGUAGAUGGGCUGAAGGAAUGUUCAUGCUCCUGCCAUGAAGGGAGUAGCGAUCUCAAGCUAAAGAAAAGCAAAAGGAGGACCUGCAGCCAUUGUAGUAGUAAGGUGUGUGAAAAUAAAUUUUAUAAAAAUAGAGAUUCUCAAGAGCUGACUGCAAGCCUUGUUCAACAAGAAUCAAGUCCUCAGCCUGAAGGGAAGGAUACUGGAAUAUCUAAGGAACCUGCAGAAGAAAGCCUGGAGAACAGAGAUGAGGGAGAGGAUGCCCAGAGCAAAGCAAAAGUUCUGUCUAGGAAAGUGGACUCUCUGGCUUCAGGAUCUCAGCUGGAGGGAAGGAUUGUCUCUGGCAGACACACAACUUCUGACAAAGCUGGGCUGCCUGAUGACCAGGGUGAAGAUGCAGGUGUUGGUGCUGUUAGGAGCACUGCAAAGGACAGUGACUCUGCUUCCAUUGGCCCCAGAUGGACACAUCUACAAAAAGCUACUCUAAAACUACCUCAAGAAACCAAAGACUGCCCUUGCAGUGGGGAAAGUGAGUGUGAGGUACCAAACCAGCCCCAUCAAGGAAAUGCAGAUGCUUCUCUUGGGCUGAGCAGAGACUUGCUGCUGUCAUCUUGUUCUGCUGCAGUAAAAGUUUCAACAGGAUCUAGUUCCUCUUCUGGCAAGAGUUUCUGUCAGACUGAAGGGCUUCAUUCUGAUUCAUCAGACAAGCUCACUGUCUUUGGUCAUACCUCAAAAUCGGGUGUGAAGCGAUCUGAGGGACCACUUGUGUCUCUGGAAGGAAAACCUGAAGCCAAGCAGGGCUGGAGUACAAUGAGUAGAAAAGCAACACUGGGUAAGAGCUGCAGGUCACAGUCCCCUAAUAAUUGUGUUUUGGAGACAGAUGCCACAGGCUGCACUGGCAACUUUCCUGAGAGAAUAAAGUCAAAUGCAAACAACUGCUUCCAGGUGCAUCAGCAUUCUGAGCAGCUAGAGCACAGAGGAGUUCCUCCCUCCCUGGGGCAAAAGGAGGAGGAGCAGCAACAGCAGAGAGUUACAGAAGCAACUGUAUGUGCCAAGAACAGCAAAGUCAGCUCGACGGGCGAGAAGGUUGUUCUCUGGACCAGGGAGGCUGACAGAGUCAUCCUGACCACCUGUCAGGAGAAGGGAGCCCAUCUGGAAACCUUCCAGGCCAUCUCACAGAAACUGGGCAACAAGACUGCAAGCGAGGUAUCCCACAGGUUCAGAGAACUGAUGAGGCUGUUUCAUACAUCCUGUGAUGGGAGCUCUGAAGAUGAGGAGGAUGCAACUAGUACCAGUAACACAGACCAGUUGUCAGAUAAAGAUCUUCUGCUUUCUGAGGAAGAACCUGAUGACUGAGGCUUAAGAUACUGACUGCAGCAGGAGAGGUGUUUGCCAGUUUGUUGCUAGACAGGUGGUGUAGAUAAAGGCAAAAUGUUUGCACAGGUACUUAAGAUAGAACCUUUUUUUUUUUCUGUGUUCACUUUCCUGCUACACUUCUGACAAGAUGCACUUCUCAGUCUGUAUCAUAUGAGAGGAAUGAAGAAGAGUGUUAAGGUGACAAAAUCCUCCAGAACUUGCUUGAGGAGCUUCAACAAUGAAAUGACAGAAGUGAUGCUUGUGGACACAGACCUUGCUGGAUGGGGCCACUAGCCUUUGAAAAGAACAUGUAAAUAUUGUAUCAUAAGAUGUCUGUUUUGAGGGGGAACAAACACAUGAUUUUUAUAAGUUUUCCCCUUGUGUUGAUUGUACCUUGGAAAGUUACAACUGAAUUCUGUAUUUAUUGUGUGGUCUUACACUAACAGGAGAGCAUAUUCACUUUGCAAAAUUUUUAAAAAAACACCCCAAACAUACAAAACCAGCCCCCAAAAAACAGCUUUCCUCCUUUCCAGCACAACUGCUGCAACCAGCUGGACAAUGUAAGGCAGCCUUGGUAACAGGAUUCUGCUGAACAGUUGCAGCUUGGCCAUCUUCAAACCAUCCCCUUUCUUUUGAAAGUGAUCUUAGAGAUCCCCUCUCUCUAAUAAUAAAAAUGAGUUAGUCUGAG